AUGAAUCGAUUUAUUAUUGUGCCUUUGGUGUUUUUAAUUCUUGGUUCGACACUAUGCGAGAGUGAUGAAGCUAUGUGUCGUCAAAGGACUGCUGCUCACACGUGUGCAUCAAUGGAUUGUUCACCAUUUAUGUAUGUCCGCGCUUAUGAAGAAUAUCCAUGCGACUGCUAUGAUAUCGAAAAACUUCCACAUAAAACAAAAAUAUGGUAUCAUAUUGAAACAUCUAAGGGAAAGUAUGGCUAUGUACUCGGCGAUCACUGUUGGGCCUCAGUUCCACAGUGCAAAAGUUAA